CGCUUGUUUGGUGAGAGUGUCAGCUGACCACACUGGGAAAAUUUGUUAACGAAACUAUCUCGUACAGCCAUGUCCCGUAUCAGUGAUCAAUGUAUUGAUCGAUUACAGCGUGUACUGAAGCCAUAUUAUUUCUAAAAAAAAUAUUUGACACUAGUGAUACUUUUGAAUCCGAGUCUACUGACCUGGGUCUGACACCAUGCUAGCCACAGUGACCGCUGUGGUUAGGUUUGCUCAGUACAAUGGCAGUGUUUCACCUUCACCAUUGGAUAACACAUCAACAUUCCCAACCUGGCAACCUGACACUGAAGCCAACAUCACCAAGCCUCACAAAUGUCUACAAGUUCUGUACGAAGACAUUGGAGACUCCAGGGUGCGCUUCUGGGACAUUUUACUUCUUGUGCCUAAUGUGGCCUUCUUUGUAUUCCUGAUGUGGAAGCUGCCUUCUGCCAGGGCGAAAAUUCGACUCACCUCUAGCCCCAUCUUCGUCACUUUUUACUUGCUGGUGUUUGUUGUAGCAGCAGUUGGAAUCACCCGGGCGGUCGUGUCCAUGACUGUCAGUGCAUCCAGUGCUGCCACCAUUAUAGACAAAGUGCUCUGGGAAAUCACUCGCUUCUUCUUGCUGGCUAUUGAGCUCAGUGUUAUCAUCUUGGGACUGGCUUUUGGUCACUUGGAGAGCAAGUCCAGUAUAAAGCGUGUGCUGGCUAUCACUGCUGUGCUGGCUCUGGGCUACUCCAUCACACAGGGCACAUUAGAGAUCCUGUAUCCAGACAGUCACCUGUCUGCUGAGGACUUUAACAUCUACGGUCAUGGGGGACGGCACUUCUGGUUGGCUAGCUCCUGCUUUUUCUUCCUGGUGUACUCUUUGAUUGUGAUCUUGCCUAAAACUCCAGUGAGGGAGAGGAUAUCCCUUCCAUCAAAGAGGAGCUUCUAUGUGUAUGCUGCCAUCCUGUCUUUACUGAACCUCGUCCAGGGCCUGGGAAGUGCUCUGUUAUGUGCUGGAAUCAUAGAGGGACUCUGUUGUGUGGAUGUUACUACCUUCCUGUACUUCUCCACAUUUGCGCCGCUCAUUUAUGUCACAUUCCUCAAGGGCUUCUUUGGUUCAGAGCCCAAGAUCCUGUUCUCCUACAAGUCACAGAUGGAUGAGCCAGAUGAAAGUGACGUCCACCUUCCCCCGACCGUCGCUACAACCAUUGGCCGUAAGGAGAUGCUUGACCAGGGCCUGUAUUACUCCUCCACCCAGAUCGACGGCUCUGGUCCUGGCAGCUCUCGUAUGGUUGGAGCAUACCUGGAUGAUGUUGCCUCCGGACCCUAUGGGUCCAGCAGCAUUAACAGCAUUGAAGCAGACCGCUGGAGACCUAUCAAUGCGUGAAUUGAUAAAGGGGAGAGUGGAAGAAGAGAGAUGGUUAUACAGCUGGACUUAAUGUUGUGUGUGUGUGUGUGCGUGUGUGUGUGUUUUAGGCAGGGUGGCGAUCAGCGGAGUUGGCCAAAAAAAAAAAGAGAGAGAGAGAGAAAAAAAGCAGAACAUGGUGGACACCAAGAAAAUAUGCUCUUGGUCUUGCUUUGACGCCAGGAUAAGUUAAAUGGACACUGAAGGAGAGACCUUUGCUAGCCAAUUAUGUGGAGGACUGUGAAUUUAGCAACUGCUUUUGUAACACUGUUGCCAGAGUGCACUGCUGCUGUAGCUCCACACUAGGAGUACUGUCCCUCAUUGUGGCCCCGACAGACUCUGUAUCGUUUCUGUUCCUCAGGCUCUUAAAUGUGGGAGCUUACUGACUUCCCUCAGCACAUUUUCUGUCAUUCCAGCAUCAUGCAACAACAGCGCAAUCCUCGAUGAUGAUGUUUUAACCCUGUUUUAAUUACACAAGUCUUCAAAGUCUAACAUGACAAUUCAACAUCUGCACAUUCCCACUAAAAGCUUUGAGUAACAGCAUCUUAACUGACUUUGUUAUCCGCUGCCUUGCAUUACAUUUGUGACUCAACAAAUUUUUCUUUUUGUUUUUUUUUCUUUUACUGAAUCACGGUGCCUCUCUACACAGGGCAAGGACUAGCGCUAAUUCAUUUUGAUAGGUGUACUUUGUCUUCUGAAAUAGGUGCUGUCCCUCCUGUGAACAUGUGAAAAGGUGUUAGCUUGAUGUGUGUUACUGCAAUAUGAUAAGGAAAUCAAUAACUCCUAAAUACAGGCAUUGCGUUCAUGUUAAAGAUGACAAACUAUCUGUUAGGCUUUGCUAGAAAGUGGUUGCAACACAAGAACAAACAUCAAAUUGUGUCUCAGCUCUGAGCUCAUGUCUGUCUUUUUAUUUAUUUUGUGCAUUUGCUUUAAUUUCUGAUACCAGAUUAAUCAUUCCUGCUACUGAAAGCACAUUUGUUAGCUUUAUAGUCAUUAUGGAUGUGUAAUUACGUGUGUGAUAUUCCAAAUUAGCCUCUGUCACAUAUCAACAUAUCUAAUUCAGCUCUGCUUGCUGCAAAAGGGUAUCGUUUUACUUGAGAUCUUUUUUCCCGUGUUCAGAGUUUUCCCAAUUGUUAUUGCAAGUGGUAAAAUUAGGUUAGAAACUAUUGACCAAUUUUUUGGUAUCAAAUGAUGGUAUUGAUAAAGUUUCAUUAUAUAGAUGUUAACGGUAAAUUCCCUUUGAGCAAACGAGGCUCUGGCAGUGUCAAAGAUUAAUCAUUUUAAAACCAUGCCAAGAAGAAAACUUUACAUUUUGAUCGAUUUUGGGCUGGUCCAAAACAGUUCUUGUUGUAGCUCUUGGUUUUACUGCAACACCUGACUUAGGUCUUUUUAAACCACCUCAUAUCACAUUUACUUAUACCUACCUACCUACCAAGGUAAUAUGAUGUGAUCAAUGUAUUUGUGUUUUUCCCCCUGAAGAUGCUAUAUGCUUGGUAUGAAUGGAUUACUGUAUUAAGCUAGCAGUAUUCAUAGAUAGUUGUGACCUGUAUGCAGAAAAUACAGCGUUCCAUUUAUUUUUUCACCAUUUUAAAGCAACAAAGCAGUAAAGAAGUCAUGUAUUUCCAAGAAACUACAGUAUUUGCCUGACUUGAAAUAUUUUGGAUUCAAGUUUGAGUGUCGGUGGUCACUGCUGUUUUACUUGGAGCUAGAAUAGUGAUUGGGAAAUCAGUUUGCUGAGAUCACCGGGUACGUGUUGUGAAAUUAAAGUCAACUCUCUUGAUAACACAAGAUGUUAGAUGUUGAAAUCAUUUUGCAAAUGGUCUGUAAAUUGCCUUUUUAUUUAAGUGCAUUGAUUGUAUAAUAUCCAGCCCAUAUUAAUGCAAUGUAUUGAACAUUCCUUAUGACCUGCAGAAUAAACCAUGGACUCUUUCAUCUGUUUGUUCUGGGGA